GUGUUGUUAUAGCUUUUUGUUGCCUUUUAUGUAGAUUCGUAUUUUAUUUAUUUUAUUUUAAUGAAAUGGGGGACAUAUCUGCCAUCUGGUUUAUUUUAAUGACUACUUUUUCACAGGGAUAUCAUUUUUCUUCAAUUCUUCCACCAAAUUUCUUCACGUUACCUUUCUCCCAUGUAUGAUUAAGAUUUUCUUGUUAGAUGCCAACAUUUUCUAAAACUCAAAAGCAUGCACAUAACCCUAAGAUUCUGAUUUUGAUUAACCUCUUAAAAUGAUAUGAUGCUGUUAAACAAAACAGAUAAUAAUAAUUCAGCAAAUCGUAAUGCCUAUUAAAUUAAUGUAAAAGGAAAGCAUCUCUCUUUUUUCCUUUUUUUUUUUUGGGUGUGUAGAAGAAGAAACUUUAAGAGAGGGUAGAUUACCAGCUUAAAAUCAUAGGCAUAAACUCUGGAAGUGUAAUGUGACAGAAGUUAAUGAAUGAAUUGGAAAAGUACUUCAAUAAUUGGAGAAGAGUCAUUUCCUUAUGACAGCAAAAGAGCUACAAUGGUAGUGCUUAGGCAAAUGUCUUCUGAAUUUAUAGUUAUAUUUGUUCCAACAAAAGUUUCUCCUCUUGAUUUAACAUAUUGUGCAUUUUACAACUCAUUCAUUAGAGGGAAUCUGCAGGAUUUUUUUUCCCUCUCAAUCACAAAUGCGAUGUUUUCUGCGAAAAGAAGAGUUGAAUGGCAUUUGGCUUUGGUGUCUCGUGAAAAUUGUUAACUGGCCUGCAUAGCAAAUGCUUCAUAAUUUUUGCCUUUCAGGAAAUUGCACAUUAAAUGAUCUGCCCAUGCUAUUGCUAAUUGGCUCUAAAAGCAGUCCUAUUGAACACUUCUGCUGCCUUUUAUUAUAUUUAGAAGAUGGAUUCACAUGUUUUCGUCUUCUUGAGCCGAGUUUCUUUCAGAAACAGCGCAUCUACCCCGCAGGGUAGGGAUAAGGAAAGACUUCUGCUUUGGAGACUUUGAGUUUCUGUAUUGUGAUUCAUCAUUAGUGAGGAUGCUUAAGAUCCCUCCGCAUCAAGUUGCAGGACACCAAGCAGGUAAUGGGAAGCUUGGUCCGCUCGUGGAUGAAUCAGGACGUUUCUACAAGCCUCUCCAAGGCGAUGAACGAGGGUCCAAUGAGGUUAAAUUCUACGAAUCAUUCUCUUCCAACACUAAGAUCCCAGAACACAUCUCCAAAUUCUUCCCCAUCUUUUAUGGCACUCAGCUCGUAGAGGCGUCCGAUGGAUCUGGCUUGAAGUCCCACUUAAUUUUACAUGAUCUUGUUCUAGGUCGAGUCAAUCCAUCAAUAGUGGAUAUUAAAAUUGGUUCAAGAACCUGGGCACCAGAGUCAACUGAGGAAUAUAUGCAAAAGUGCUUGAAAAAGGAUAGAGAGACAUCGAGCCUUCCCUUAGGAUUCAGGUUAUCGGGGAUACAAAUCUAUGGAAAUAAAGAAUCAGGUUACUGGAAACCUGAAAGGACUUCAAUUCAAAACCUUUCUGCAGAGGAAGUCAAGUUAAUGCUGAAAAAGUUUGUUUCUUCUAACGCGUCGACUGACUUGGACUUGGAACCAGAUUGUGCUUUUGCAGCAACUGUAUAUGGCGGUUCUACUGGCAUUUUAUCGCAGUUGCUAGAGUUGAAAGCAUGGUUUGAGGAUCAAACAAUGUACCAUUUUUAUUCUUGCUCAAUUCUGAUGAUAUUUGACAAAGAACAUGCAUCGGAAGGACGGAAUCCAGGUGCAAUAAUCAAGUUGAUUGAUUUUGCUCAUGUUAUUGAAGGAAGAGGUGUCAUUGAUCAUAACUUCUUGGGUGGUCUCUGCUCUUUGAUAAAGUUCAUAUCUGAAGUUCUUACUGCUCCAAAUGAGCACACAACAGAAGUUUCCUCAAAGCCUGAUCAUCAGAACUUUAUUCUCUCUGAUAACGGUGCCAAUUAAUUCAGCUUAAAAUCAUGUUGCAAAUUACACCUUUUUUUUAAGGAAAUUCUAUUCUAGCAUUGCUAUGACCCCAGUAUAUAAUAAUUUUUACUGGACCCCUGAUCAUAAAUAAACUUUUCUUUCAAAUUUUA